GUAAACAUACAAGGCUCAGUGAAUUACCUGUUCGUAUGACAACACAUCUACGAGUUUGUGUUUGAAGCGAGCACACUUUGUAAUAAUGACAACUGCAAGACGCGACGUAUUCUUUUUGUGUUUUUUGUUGUCUAUUUACACUUUGGUAUCCGUACAAACUGAGAAGAAAGAUGCUUUAACGUUAGACGUGAAGGAGAGAGCCAACGACGGAGUUGACGUGAAACACAGUGAUUAUACGCAUACUGAAAAUCCUCUUAAAAUAAUCAAACAUGACUCCCAAGAUGCACACGACUUACCAGAGCUACACCACGAUGAACCGCUUGUCAGCAAGACUAAUGACACAGAGAACCACACAAAUGAUUCCAUCCACACCACAACAUCAGCAACCAAACCAACAACACCAGAACCCCCAAAUCCGAAGGCCAUUCUGCCUGUGCAAACUGGGGUCAAGGCCCAAGAAGAAGAGCAGUCCAGUGGGUUGACCAUAUUUUUUAGCCUGCUGGUUAUUGGUAUCUGUAUUAUAUUGGUUCAUCUACUAAUCAAGUUCAAGCUGCAUUUUCUUCCAGAGAGUGUUGCUGUUGUGUCUCUUGGAAUUCUAAUGGGAGGAUUCAUUAAGAUCAUUGAGUUCCAGGAAUUGGCCAACUGGAAGGAGGAGGAAAUGUUUCGACCCAAUAUGUUCUUUCUUUUGCUCCUGCCACCAAUCAUCUUUGAAUCUGGAUACUCAUUACAUAAGGGUAACUUCUUCCAAAACAUUGGCUCCAUCACCCUGUUUGCUGUGAUUGGCACUGCUAUCUCCGCCUUCAUAGUCGGAGGAGGAAUCUACUUCCUUGGACAGGCAGAUGUGAUCUACAAGAUGACCAUGACAGAUAGUUUUGCCUUUGGCUCACUCAUCUCAGCUGUGGACCCUGUUGCCACAAUAGCCAUCUUUAAUGCCCUCAAUGUGGAUCCUGUCUUAAACAUGUUGGUGUUUGGUGAGAGCAUCCUUAACGACGCAGUCUCCAUCGUCCUUACAAACACAGCAGAGGGCUUUUCCCGCUCAGAAACCAACAUGGUAACAGGUUGGGAGACAUUCUUGCAAGCAGUAAGUUAUUUUCUCCAAAUGUUCUUUGGUUCUGCUGCCUUGGGAACCCUCACAGGACUCAUCUCUGCUCUCUUUCUAAAACACUUUGACUUGAGGAACACUCCAUCACUGGAGUUUGGCAUGAUGAUCAUCUUUGCUUACCUCCCCUAUGGCCUGGCAGAGGGUAUUAAACUGUCUGGAAUUAUGUCCAUCCUGUUUGCUGGUAUUGUGAUGUCUCAUUACACCCAUCACAACCUGUCUCCAGUGACCCAAAUCCUCAUGCAACAGACACUGCGCAGUGUUGCCUUUAUGUGUGAGACGUGUGUGUUUGCCUUUCUUGGACUAUCCAUCUUCAGCUUUCCUCACAAAUUUGAAAUAUCAUUUGUCAUCUGGUGCAUUGUCCUGGUUCUUCUGGGCCGAGCCGUAAACAUCUUUCCUCUGUCAUUCCUACUUAACUUUUGCCGAGACCACAAGAUCACACCGAAGAUGAUGUUCAUCAUGUGGUUCAGUGGUUUGAGAGGCGCAAUCCCAUACGCCUUGAGCCUGCAUCUUGGCCUGGAGCCCAUUGAGAAGCGACAACUAAUUGGCACUACCACCAUUAUCAUUGUACUCUUUACCAUCCUCCUCCUUGGGGGUGGGACCAUGCCCCUCAUCCGUGUCAUGGACAUUGAGGAUAGCCAGACACGGAGGAAGAACAAGAAGGACAUUAAUCUCAGCAAGACUCAGAAAAUGGGAAAUACUGUUGAGUCGGAGCAUCUAUCAGAACUGACUGAGGAGGAAUAUGAGGCUCACAUAUACCAGAGACAGGAUCUGAAGGGCUUCAUGUGGCUUGAUGCAAAGUACCUUAAUCCUUUCUUCACCCGGAGGCUCACCCAAGAGGACCUGAUGCAUGGACGGAUCCAAAUGAAGACUCUAACCAACAAAUGGUAUGAAGAAGUUCGGCAGGGUCCCUCAGGUUCGGAGGAUGAUGAUGAAGCAGAACUUCUGUGAAAAAAAAGGCUGACACGUUUCAACCUUGACUGUGAAUAUGUGCAGCAUGUGAGACGAAGGCUUUAAUGAUAAAGUCACACGCACUUUUUUAUCUUCACCUGCCAUCAUUUGUGGAUGAAGAGUCUGCUGGGAUGUGCUUCAUCACUUGGAAUGUUCAGCAAUACUGCACUAGCAAAAGACUGAAGGCAGAAAUGAAUGUUUUGUACUUGAAUGCCAUUCUGUCUACAGCUUCCUAAGCAUAUGAGCCAGGUCACUGAUGUUGGACAAAACAUGUGAAGUUCUGUAUGUUUAUCAUUGUUGAGGGACACAAUGUUUUCUUGUCAAGAAAUACAAGAGCAUUUUUUCUUUUUUGCACUGACUUUAGGUACAGUUGUAGCCAAAAGCUUUGGAAGUGCCUCAAAUUUGGUGUUUCAAUAGCUCAGCUGCUUCUGUAUUUUUUAAAAACAUUAUAUUUGUGUCUGUUUUAGCUUGAAAAAAAACAAGCAAGUUUGGUAGGGAAUCACAAAACGGAAGCAACUAAAUUAUUGAAGCACAAAAUUGGAGCUGCUGCCGAAUGUUUUAGCCAUGACUGCAGUCAUGGCUAAAACAAGAUAUUACAUACACGACAUGUCGUGUAUGUAAUAUCUUGUUUAUAUUACGGCCACUCUACCAAC